AUUUAAUUUAAUUUCUUAAAUCGUUUUUUUUUUUCCCACAAAGCACAUACAUAAGCCGCCUCUCUCUCUCUCUCUCUCUCUCUCUCUCUCUCUCUUCCUGCGAUCUACACGGUGGUUUCAGUCACUGCGAAACAGUUGAAAGGAACGCGAUGGUGAAAGCAUACUCGCAAGAGCACAUUUACAAGCACCCCUGGGAACGAGUAACCUCUGCAUCUUGGCGCAAGUUUUCAGACCCUGAGAACAAGCGGACUUUAUCCCAUAUCCUUGAAGUGGACACUUUGAAUCACAAGCUUGACACUGAAGCAGGGAAGCUUUACACCACUCGUGCCCUAACCAUCCACACUCCUGGACCAUGGUUCGUGCGCAAAAUUGUUGGUCAAGAAAUCUGUCAUUGUGUAGAAUCAACAGUUGUUGAUGCACGAUCUCGGUCGAUGCAACUCACUACUCGCAACAUGAAUCUAGAGAGGUUCAUAGAAGUGGAGGAGAAAAUCAGGUAUGAUCCUCACCCUGAUAAUCCAAAUGGGUGGACAAUUUGUAAGCAGGAGACUAGUAUAAGGAUUAAGCCAUUGUCAGCACUCGCAUCAAUGGCAGAGAAGAUAGAGCAACGAUGUGUCGAGAGGUUUCAGCAAAAUAGUGUUAAGGGUAGAGAGGUAAUGGAACGAAUGUGCAAGUAUCUUGAAGCAGAAUCCAGUGGGAUUUCACUCUAAUGUUGACUCGAGUUCUUUCAGUUUGGAAUUUUGAAGUUCUAGGUUCUAGGGCAUUUAAGCUCUUGUAGAGAAUUAAUGGAAGAAUCGAAGUGGCUUCUUCACUUUGGUCUUUAGCUUUUUCCAUGUUGGUGCUAUGGUAUUUGUAAACACUUUUAGGAAAGAAACUUAACUUGAAUGUUCAGGCCUGUAAAGUUUAAGGAUUAUGGUCUUGGAAUCUCCUGUUUGGACAUGAGUAUUCUAAUGUAAUAACAUGUUGUUUGGAUG